GUAUACACAAUGUGAAGCUAUGGUGAUGUAUUAUAAAAAACCAAUAUUGUUGAUUGAAUUUGAAGAAAACAAAUCCUUUUCACUACAAGCCUUAAGCGAUUUAAGAACAGAAAUUGGUAUGAAUGACAUUUCUUCAAAAUUGGCUUUACUAACAUUAACAUUCCCUCAAUUAAAAAUCAUUUGGUCAAGUAGUCCAUAUGCAACUGUUGAUAUAUUUGAAGAUUUAAAGCAAUUAGAGGAUAAACCAGAUCAAGAAAAGGCUCAAUCAAUUGGUUUAGAUGAUAAUGAAGAAAUUAAUUCUAUUUAUAAUAUAUCUCCUCAAGAUUUUUUGAGAGCUUUACCAGGCAUAACUACUCGAAAUUAUAAAACAGUAAUGGCAAAAGUUCAUAAUUUAAAAGAAUUGAGUCAGAUGAGUUUAGUAGAACUGCAAGUCUUGAUAG